AUCGUCUGGGUCGAUGGUCCAGCGAGCGAGUUGUUUUCCUUGGAUCCCGCGAUGUGCCAGUCUCCUCUAUUUCUUCAACCUCGGGUCUUGAAGACAACGACCAACCUUGGCAAUUACGAUGCGAGGAUCUCAGGAAACGUGACGGACAUAGAAAACGUCACGGUGACACGAGUUCCUUGUGGUCCUCUGGGUCUUCUUACGGUCGAAAUGAGCUCGCUCGAGUGGCCGGUAGUGCUGAAGCGAGUACACUAUCGACAAAACAGAAAGACGGUACUUUAGUCGCCCCUGACACUCCCCAUGUCGAUGUUAUAAGGACCAGUCCUUCGGACAGGAACGACGAUGCUCGUCUGGCUUCUUCCGUUAAUCCUAAUG